AUGAUUCUUGAAGACGAAGGAAGAGCGAUAUGUCGAUACAAUGAAAAAGAAGUUUUGCCAAAUGUCGAAGGAAUAGCCGUUGGUACGAAAGAUUAUAGGGCAAAUAGAAGUGAAGUAUACGAUUAUGACAUUCCUCACGCCCUCCGUGCUAAUUUGAAGGAGCACGUUUAUAUGGCUCACAUUCAGCCGCCAACAGAGUAUUGGCACGGUGAUUUGUUUGACGAAUCGUAUAAGGAUUCAGAUAUGUUCGUCGUGAUCGAGAAUUCGGAUGACGAGGACGAAAAUGAUGUUGAUGAGAAUUACGAUGACGAUGAUGUCAAUUACGAGGACGACGAUUCUAACUGA